UUCUUCCCGCCCCACCAAAAAAACACCAAAAAAACACCAAAAAAACACCAAAAAAACACCAAAAAAAACCCGGUAGCCAGCCCAUGUUCCGCGCCCACGCCCCGCCCGCCGCGGCCCGCGCCGCCGCGCGCACCCCGCGCCGCUGCUUGGCCGCCGCCGCGGCUCCCGCCGAGCCCCUGGCCUUGUAUCCGGCCGGCCUCUCUAUCCACGGCUUCACCGUCGAAACCUCCCAGAACGUGCCGGAAUUCUCGCUCGUGGCCGUGCGGUUGCGCCACGCACGCACGGGCCUGCAGCACGUGCACUUGCACGCGGCCGGCGACACCAACAACGUGUUUUCCGUGGCGUUCCGCACCAACGCGCCGGACGCCAGCGGCGUGCCGCACAUCUUGGAGCACACCACGCUCUGCGGCUCGCGGGCGUACCCGGUGCGCGACCCGUUCUUCAAGAUGCUCAGCCGCUCGCUCAGCAGCUUCAUGAACGCCAUGACGGGGCACGACUACACGUACUACCCGUUCGCCACCACCAACCGCGCGGACUUCGACAACCUCUUGGCCGUGUACCUCUCGGCGGUGUUCGAGCCCACGUUGGCGCCGGCGGACUUCCUGCAGGAGGGCUGGCGCCUCGAGCACGCGGACGUGGCGGACGCCGCCAGCCCGCUCCGCUUCAAGGGCGUGGUGUACAACGAGAUGAAGGGCCAGUGCCAGAGCGCCGCGUACUUGUUCUGGCUGCGCUUCCAGCAGGCCGUGUACCCGCAGCUCCACAACGCGGCCGGCGACCCCGCCGCCAUCGUGCGCUUGCGCCACGACGACUUGCUCGACUUCCACGCCGCCCACUACCACCCGUCCAACGCCAAGACCUUCACCUACGGCCACCUCCCGUUGGCGCCGACGCUCCGCAAGCUCGACGCGCAGUACGCGGGCUUCGGCAUGCGCGCGCGCCCGCUCGCCGUGCCUCAGCCCGUGUUCCGCGCCGCCGCCGCGGCCCGCGCCUGCUGCGUCGCCGGGCCGCCCGACGCCAUGUCCACCCGCCCGCUCGCGGAGCAGCUCAAGGCCUCCGUCACCUGGGACUUGGGCGACGCGCUCGACCCCGCGCGCGCCUACGACGUGUUCAAGUGGCGGGCGCUCGCGUCGUUGCUCUUCGACGGGCACAACGCGCCGUUCUACCGCCACUUAAUCGAGUCCGGCUACGCCGAGGACUUCCUGCCCAACUGCGGGCUCGACCAGACCACCGCGCUCCUCUCGUUCACCGUGGGCGCGGCCAGCCUCUCGCGCGCCCGCGCCGCGGCGCUCCCGGAGAAGGUGCGCGACAUCUUGCGCUCCCACGUGGUGCCGGAGCUCGCCAAGGGCCCCGCCAGCGCGUGGAACGCGCGCGUGCACGCCAUCGUCCACCAGCUGGAGUUGGGCUUCAAGCGGCACCGGCCCGACUUCGGCUUGGGCUUGCUCCACUCCGUGGUCCCGGCCUGGACCAACGGCAUGGACCCGCUCCAGCUCUUGCGCGUGCAGCCCGUGCUCGACCGCUUCAAGCAGGAGUACCGCGACCGCGGCCUCCGCAUGUUCCUGGACUUGGUCGAGCGCGUGCUCCUCGACCCGGCCACGCCCACCUUCCACUUCACCAUGGUGCCAAACGCGAACUACCACGACGAGCUCGCAGCGCAGGAGGACCGGGAGCUCGCCGCCCGCGUGCAGCUGCUCUCGUCCGACGACCGUGCGCUCAUCUUCGACCGCGGCCAGGCCUUGUUGCGCAAGCAGCAGCUGCCCGAGGACGUGUCCGUGUUGCCCACCUUGACCUUGCACGACAUCCCCCGCACGGGCGACCGCCACCACUUGGACUUCCGCAGGUCCGCGGGCACGGGCGCCAAGAUCCAGACCCGCGUCCGCGGCACCAACGGCUUGGUGUACGUGGCCGCCAAGAAGGACGUGGCCUUCCUCCCGCAGCCGCUCUACAAGUACCUCCCCUUGUUCACCGCGUGCUUGACCGACUUGGCCGGCACAGCCGCCACGCCCAUCUCCGACUUGGAGACGCGCAUCCAGCUGCUCACCGGCGGCAUCAGCUUCGCCGUGCGCGCCAACACGGACCCGUACGACUUGGGCAAGCCCACGCUCCAGCUCGUGCUCUCCGGCAUGGCCCUCAAGGAGAAUGCCGCCCACAUCUACGACUUGUGGCGCGAGAUCUUGCUCUCCACCACGCUCGCCGCGGACGACGCAGUGCUCGACAAGCUCACCACCUUGGUCAAGAACUUGGCCCAGAGCCAGGCAGACACCAUUGCCGACCGCGGCCAUUCGUACGCGAGCGCCCACUCCAACGCCCACUUGACGCCCACAAAGCACAUCAACGACCUUCUCUCGGGCGUGGGCCAGGUCCGCCUCGUCUUGGACAUGAACAAAAAGCUCGACCUGCGUGGCCGCGAGUACUUGAGCCUGGAGCUUCUCCCCAUUUUGCGGGAGAUCCAGACGCUUUUGACCCAGGGCUUCGUGGACCCGCAGAACAAGGGCUUCAGCUACAGCCUCGUGGGCGAGCUGAGCGCAGUGGCCCUGAACGAGCUGCUCGUCGACUCCUUCGACACGCACAUCUCCGCCAACUGCCGCCAGAUGCCCGACGUCCUCGGGUCCGUGGCCGCAGGCUUCCUGCCUAGCACGGUGCUGAGAACCGUGUUGAACAUGCCCUUCCAAGUGGGCUAUGCAUCGUUGGCCAAGCUCGGCGCUCCGUACGCCAGCAAGGACGGCGCCACGCUCCAGGCCUUAUCGCAGGUGAUGACGUUCAAGCACUUGCACUCGGUGAUCCGCGAGGCCAACGGCGCCUAUGGCGGCGGACUCAACUUCGACGGCCUGGGUGGCACGCUCAACUUUUACUCGUACCGCGACCCCAACGCCAUCAAAUCGGUGCAAGCGUUCGAGGCGAGUGCGCAGGCUGCCAGAUCCUACCUCGCCGACGGCCUGUGGGACGACAAGGCGUUGCAGGAGGCCAAGUUGGCCAUUUUCCAGAGCGUGGAUGCGCCUAGCCACGUCUCCAGCGAGGGCGCCGCGCUCUUCCUUGAUGGCAUCAGCGACGACAUGAGGCAGCAGAGAAGGGAGCGGUUUUUGGACGUGAGUGUCCAGGACCUCCAGGACGCCAACGAGAAGUACUUGGCCAAUGGCGCCAGCAACGUCUACACUGUGUUGGGCGAUGCGGACAUCUUGGGCGCAGGCGACGACUGGAGCGUCAAGUCCUUUUAGACUUGGCUGUUGGUGGACCUUGUACAUAGAAGUCUGGCUUGCAGGCCGUUGAGUUUCGGCUUGCCCGCGCCAGUGACGCUUGUUUAUACAAUUAUAGAGUUCAAACAGGAUGUGGGCGGCGUGACA